AUGGGUUUGCUGCGCUUUCUGCUGCUCUGUGGGCUCCCCCAGGUUUGGGGAAGUGUUGAGGGCUCCGGAAACCUCCACUGGACCCCAGUGCUGACGGGGAACUUCACCUUCCGAGUGCUCCAGAUUUCGUCCUUCGCCAACAGCAGCUGGAUGCGCACUGACUUUGCCGCGUAUCUGGACGACGUGCAAACCCACAGCUGGCACAACGACACCAACGACAUCAGAAGCCUGCAGCCCUGGUCCCGCGGUCACUUAAGCCAGCAAGAGUGGGAGAACCUGGUGCUUCUGUUUAAGGUUUAUCGGAUCAGCGUCAAAAGGGAUAUAGUGGAAUUUGUCAAAAUGCUGCGCUUAAUCUACCCCGUUGAGUUCCAGUUAACUGCUGGCUGUGAGGUGCACUCUGGAGGCAUUUCAGAACACUUCCUUAAUGUAGCAUAUCAAGGAGACAAAAUCAUCAGCUUUCAAACGUCUUGGGAGCCUGCUCCAGGGGCCCCAUCUUGGGUUCAGACUGCAAGUAAAGUGCUCAACCAGGAUGAAGGAACAAAGCAAUCCUUGGAGUGGCUCUUCAAUGACGUCUGCCCCCAGUUUGUCCGUGGACUCAUCCAGGCAGGAAAGUCAGACCUGGAGAAGCAAGAGAAGCCCGAGGCCUGGCUGUCCCGUGGCCCCUCUCCUGGUCCUGACCGUCUGUUGCUGGUGUGCCAUGUCUCAGGAUUCUACCCAAAGCCUGUGUGGGUGAUGUGGAUGCAAGGGGAGCAGGAAGAGCCGGCCACACAGAGAAGUGACGUCCUGCCCAAUGCUGAUGGUACCUGGUAUCUCCAAGUCACCCUCAAUGUGGAGAUUGGAGAGACUGCUGGCCUGUCUUGCAGAGUGAAGCACAGCAGUCUAGGUGGCCGAGACAUUGUCCUCUCCUGGGAUGAUAGGAGCCCUGUCUCAGUGGCAUUAAUCAUUUUUGCAGUACUGGUGUCUGCUCUUCUGAUCACAAGUCUGCUCUGUUUGAUUAGGAAACGUCGACGUUGUUCUUAUGAUGGUGCGUAA